UGAAAACGAGACAAGAUCUAACCUAAUACAGGAUAUUAGAAAAGAAAAUUGGAGUUUAUUUUCCAUGUGAUAAUAUAGUUUCUCGGCGUAGAACGUAUUUUUAUUAAUCAGACUUGCUUUUGGUGUCAUAAGUAUUAUAAACCGCUAUGCCAUCGACGGUAAUUGUGUACUUCAAAUAUUUAUAUAAAAGGAUUUAAGAAGUAAUUAAAAAUAAUGGAAUCUACAAAGUUACUUCAGAAUGACCCUCCAGAAGUUAUGGUAUUACCACCUAACAUUUUAGAAAAAUUGGGCAUUGAUUUAGGAAAUAUUCAGCCCUGUAGUAAUGGAACAAAUGCAAAAUCAGGUACCAGACAACCUGAAGACAUAUCUGUAUUGGAUAUCAAUGCACCCAAUUAUGUACCUGGUAAAAAUAAUGAUGAAGAAUUUGAUGGAUCUUCGAUUUUAGAAACAGCUAAUUUGAUGAAGGCAUCAGUUUUCUUAAGUCCCACAUUUACUAAUUUGAAGGCAACCAACGGUUUAAAUGAUCUCGAGUUCAAUAAUUUUGAAAACGCUAUAGCCACCAUAGAGUGCAAUGUUUCCAAACCUUUAAAAAGUAAUAGCCCAAAAAACAAUAGAGUAGUUAAUAUAACUUUAGAAAAUAAAUCAAACAGUUCCAACGGUGUGCAGAAAAAUAAUGCCAGAGGAAAACUACAAAAGUCAAAUAAUAAAAUAAACAUAAUAUCUGAAGAAAUUAUUGGGUUGGAGAAAAUUAAAGAUUUAAUAACAUCUGAGAUACUGGUUAGCAAUAAUCUUGCUUCUGUGCCAAUUAACACAAUAAUUACAGAAAAAACUAUUAAUAUCAAAAAUGGUGCAGCUUCAGUGCCAUCAAAGGAGAAAAAUAAUAAUGAUUGUAAGGAUAACAAUGAUAAACCAUUCAAUGAUUGUAAAGCAGUAGAAAAUAAAGUUGCCAACAUAAAUAACGGAAUUCAAGAUCAAUUGGACAAAUCAAUUCAGUUCCAAAUAGAUAACGAUGGUUUAAAGUUAUCAAAGGAAAUAAAUUUGAUAAAUAAUACAAAUGGAGAUAUAAUUAUGAAUAAGAAUCAUGAAGAAAAAUGCUCAAAUGAAAACCAGGAUCUUGUGAAAAAUUGUGACAAAGAUUUAAAGAUCACGUCUGAGCAGCAAGAUGAACAUGCUAUUUCUAGUUCAGAAGAAAUUGUAACUAUUAUUCAUGUUAUAAAUGAAAAUGUUGAUGAGGCAGAUGCGAGUAAAGAUUUAAAUUUCUCCAUUCCUGAUAGUGUAUGUCACUUCACUGUCACAGAAACAAUUGAUAUAGUAGUUCCCGAACAUUCCGAACUUAGCAUUAACUAUGAUCAGGAAAAUAAAUCUUGUGAUGUAAAAACUUCAGCAGACGAAAAAAUUUUAGGUGACAGAAAAGAUGCCAAAAUUAAUAACAAGAACCUAGAAAUAAGUACUAGAAAUAAAAUUAUAAAUGUCAAUCAAAACAAAGUUAAAUCAAAGCUGUGUAUACAGGGUGUUGAGAAACCCGGUGGAGAUGAUGAUAAUGUAAACAAAGGUAUUUAUGAUAAAGAUUUAAAGACUUAUUUUAAAAGAAAACAAACAAAGUGCUUGAAACAGUUGUUUCUAGAUAAUCAAGACUGCAUAAAAAAUAAUUUAGAUGUUGAGGUAAACAUAAACUUAGAUGUAAAUAAUAUAAAUAGUAUAUAUGAAAAGAGAUCACAAAAAUUUUGUGUAUGUAAAGAUUUUGGUUAUUUUUUCUACUACGACAAAGAUGAUGAUUAUCAACAUAUACAUUAUUGGGAGCAAAAAGGUGCUGAAUGUUCUCUAGAUACAUUACUUAGUAUUUAUGAAGAUAACAAAGUAUAUGAUGUAAAUAUAAACGAGCCUGAGUAUAAUGAAAUAGAAACAGUCAAAGAAGACGACCAAGAACAGAACAGUACAGAUGUUUGCAAUAUAUGUUGGAUGAGUGUAAAUAGUGAUAUUGAAAAUGAAGAUUUAGUCGAAAUUAAUAAAGAAGCUGAAACCCGUCAAAUAACUCAAUCUAUUGAACCACAGGUUAAAAAUACUGAUGAAGCAAAAAGAAACAAACCAUUACAUUCUCAAGAUGUUAAUAGAGAAUUGCAAGAUGUUUCUUCAGAGUGCAGUAAAAGUAAUAGCUCAGUCACAACGCAAAACAAAAGUAGAAAACGCACGAUUGAAGAUACCGAAGACGGGUCUAUGAAUAAAAUCAAAUCUACAAACAAAUGUCGUAGAAGAAGUGACAGAAAUUACGUACGUAAUAAUGUUACCAGUGAAGAAAAUAUAUCUGAUGAACCGAAACUUGUAAAAAUUACAGAAAAUGCGUCUUCCGAAAAAACAUAUAAAAAUAUCUUAAGGGAAACUAAAUUCGUAUAUGGUCCAAAGAAACGUUCGGUUGUUAAUGAAAUAAAGACUUUUACUGAUGUUAAGACAAGUAAUAGAGAAUUAAAUAGUAUCGUUGAUUGUCAUAGUAAAAGCGCGAGUGAACAAAACAUCGAUACCAAAAUAAUUGAAGUAACUUAUGAAAAUCAUCACAAAACUGCUAAGAAAAGAAAAAAUUCUUUAUCAUUAAACGAUGUUAGUCCAGAAGUAACUAAGAAGAAAAAGAUGGAAGAUGUUAUAGAAAAUAGAAAUAUUUCGUGUGGUUUAUGUAAAGCUAAGGUGGUAACUAGUGAAUGGGAUAAUCAUGUUAGGGAUCAUUGUUUUAUAGCCUGGGAAGAGGGUCAGAAAUUUGAUUUCAAUAAUGAUCUUCUAUGUGAUCGACUCAAGCGACAUUUGAAUGAUAACGGAAAAUUAGUGUGCGUGAUAUGUGAUAAAGUUAUUAAGCGGGUGAAGAAAUUUUUAAGCCAUGUGGAAGGAUGUAUUUUAUAUGGUCACGUUGAACAAUCGGAUGAUUUAAAAAAUGUAAUGUCGCGUCAAUCGAAACACACAGUAUGUGGAGUUUGCAAGACACAAGUCCCCAAAAGCUUGUGGAUAGAACAUAUAGCUAAAGAGCAUAAUUAUAUAGCUUGGAAAGAUGGAGAUAAAGUAUUGGAUGUUGGAGAUGAAGAAGCAGUUAAAAGGCAUUUGAAUAAGUUGGCUAGUGAUGUUAAAAGAUUCGAGUGCAAAUCCUGCGGCACAAAACGCAAGUGUUCGGACUCUUUCUUCAAACAUAUUCAAAAAUGUGGAAAAUUAGACGAAGGAAUGGAUACAGCAGACAAUUCGGUAGGAGCUGAAGAUGAUACGUCAGUAACAUGUGGAGUGUGUCAGAACAAGAUGUCAGCUAACGAAUGGCAAAACCACCAAUUCAAAGAACACAAAUAUCUAGCGUGGAAAGCUGGGGAACAAGAGUUGGAUCUCAAUGACACUGAGCAUGUGUAUUCACAUUUAUAUAAUCUGUCCAAAGAUCUCGGCGGACUUCUAUGCAGUAAGUGCGGGUGUCGACGCAAGUAUGUUAAUUCUUAUUUGAAGCACAUAGAGAAAUGUGAUGGGGAAGAGAAUCCAAACUGUACAUUGGAUUCCACUAUGAACGAAAGUAAUGUGUCAAUAAACAAAACCUUGGGAGACGAUGUGACUGGAGACUUAGAGGGAAUUGUUAGAUGUGGAGUGUGCUCAAAGGAAAUUGAUAGAAAGCAAUGGGAGAAUCAUAUAAAAAAAGAACACUUCUAUAAGGCGUGGCAGGAAGGACAGAAGCCUGUGAAUUUAGAUAACGAAGAGGAUGUGUAUAACCAUCUGUAUGCGAUGAGUAAGAAAUAUAAGGGUCUGGUUUGCAACAACUGCGGCACCAACAGGAAAUAUGUUAAGACAUUCCUCCAACAUAUAGAGUCCUGUAACUCCCAGGACUCGUUUAUCACAGAUGAAGUUCUUAAACAAGAAACCUGUAAAUGCGGUGUUUGCGGCGAAGAAGUUGCAAGUAAAAUGUGGAAGACCCAUGCUAUGAAGACACAUUACAACGUGGCGUGGCUGGAUCAACAGACACCUAUUGAUACCAACAAUGGAACAGCGGUUGAGAAAUGUUUGAAGGAAUACAAACAGGCUUAUAAUAAAUUCGUUUGCAAUGCGUGCGGUAUAACGCGGGUUUCCGCCGUGGGGUUCUUCGCCCACGUGUUGCAGUGUGGGAAAACUGAAGAGGAAAUCGAUAAACAUAGAGGCGUCUGCGACAUAUGCAAUAAUAAAUAUUUACUGAUAUAUAAGAAUCAACAUAUAUCGAUGCACAGAGAUCAGGAGUACGCGAAACAGAGAAAGCUGGAGCUACAAGUGGAGAAGGAGGAGAAACAAAAACAACAGAAACACUCUGACGCGUUACCUGAGAAGAGACAAGCUGCUGAGAGAGCCCGUCAUGUUAUUGAAAAGUAUAAAAAGCAAUUUAAGCAUAACUGUCCUACUUGCGACUUUGGUGGCGAUUCCGAAGAAGAUUUGAAGAAGCACACGUGCUCGAAGACGAAGUAUAACUUUAGCGAGUCCGAAGAUUCUCUGCAAUUCAGUUCGGAACAAGAAUCUGAGGACAGCGACGCUAACUGUGAACUGUUAGAGGAAGAACUAGAAAAGCCUCAGAAGAAUAAUACUAAGAAAAAAAAACAUUCUGACUCAAAUCCUGCUACUGCAUUCUUACCGUUUCCCGUCAAAAACACGCAGACGUAUUUAGCUGAGAGUGCAGAGGACUUUCGUGAGAAGUUCUUAACGAGCGACAUACUGUACCCACAGUGGAGGACAUGCGAGUACGAGGUCGUGUCAGAUGACCUGCUGACAAAUUACUUGCCGACCUUGGAGGAAUCGUGCAAAUUACAGUUACAGAAAGACGAAUGGAUAGCGUUGAAGAAGUUUGAGUCGGUUAAUGAUCACAAGUGGGUGAGUGCAUCUUUCACGGGCGGUUGUAUCCAGUGCGUGUCGUGGUGUCCGCCGCACGUGUCGGACGCGGAGGACGAGCUGGGUCACGUGUUGAGCGCGGCCGUGCACGUGUCCCGGGACGCGCCACGCCUCCCCGCCGACACGUGUCACACACACCACGCCAUGCUGCAGAUAUGGGACUACGGGGACAUGCGCACGAAACCAAAAUUUGCUCUGGGUAUAGCUCUUGAUUUUGGGACAAUUUGGGCGAAAGAUUGGUGUCCAUCGGGCACGCGUGACAUGUUGAACGGAGAGCCGACAACUUUUAAAAGACUUGGUCUUUUAUCUAUAGCAUGCUCAAACGGUUCAGCGUACAUAUUAUCAGUACCCUAUCCUUCAAGCAUAACGGACGGGGGGAAAAAGAUUUUCAACCUAAAGCCAGUCGCGGAGCUGAGAUUGACUCGUGGUGAUCGGCGGAAGUAUCAAGCUACAGCUAUCAAUUGGCCAGCGCAAAAAGGGCAUUCCACUAUAGUAGUCGGAUAUUCUGAUGGAACAACCGCCUCGUAUAAUCUGUCGUGCGAUUCUCCUCUUUUGACCGAAACAGAGGACGGCGUUAAGAUAUUCUAUCCUUAUCAAGACGAACGAACACACAACACAUGUGUCACCGCGGUGACGUCAUUUCCUAGUAGCGGCGUGUCGUGCCCGGCGGGUUCUUCGUCGGCUACCGGCGGCUCGCGGUCCGUGUGUCGCGGAGUCGGCCGCGGCUCUCGCUCCGCAGUCACCGCCACCUCGGCCUGCUUCAUGCCGCACUGGCCCGACCUACUGCUGGCUGGGAACGACGCUAUCGUAUAUCAAGCUCCGAACGUGUUGUCGUGGGUGGGGAACGGGCGUCGCCUGGGCUCGCAGCAGGCGUGUGCUGGAUGCAACACGUGCGGACGGGUGGCGCUAGUGGCGCCGCCCGCGGUGCGACUCGUCACUACACACCCCGUGCAUAACGACCUUAAUAAAAUUACAGUGGCGCUGUUACAAAUGAAACCGCUCGUGGAUAAGAAAUCCAAGCAGAAGAAUGACGACCUCGCCACGAGACUUGAGCCGGUGACUUAUGAAGACGCCGUCAAGAAAUAUGGAGUAGAGUUGAAACUAGCUGAAGAUUGUGACAAGAGCUACCUCCAACAGUCAAACAAGCCGAGAGACCACUACCCAGAGAGAUUCCCGCUCUCAGACGUGCCAGCUAUGGCCUUCAACCUGUCUCCGAAGCAACACAAGAAACUGGCGAUCGCCACACAUUCUGGAUUUAUUUUCGUUUUGACUGUAUGAAACAUCAUUAUGAGGAAAUUUCAUAUAGAGAAGAAAUGAUUAUAAUAAGUAAUUUUUAUCAAUCGGUUGUAAGCCAUAAAUAUCACUGCCUUUGGAUACGAAAAUUGUCGGAUUGUACAAAAUUAUUCAUAUAUUCAAAUUAAAUUUGUAAAGCAUGUAUCAACAUCUAUUGCUCAUUUGUUGUGUUGAUGAAAAUUUUAAUAUUCAGUACCUAUGGAAAGGUAUGAUUUAUUUGAUUAUAUGAUGAAGACAAGACAAUCAUUUUAAGUCAAUAAUCUAUAAAAAUCGAUUUUAAAUAAAUCAAUUGAUAGAUGUUAAGAGACUUACUACACCAUUGAAGUGAAUAAUUAUACAUAAAGCAACCUUUUACAAUAUUUUGUGAUUCGCUGGAUUUUAAAUAGUUAUUUUAUUUCGCAUUGUUUCAUCUAAGUAUUGUUUUUUUCUUUAAUAAGAAAUACAAAAGCAGUUUAUAUAUUUAUAACAUGUAAAGAAAGACCGUAUUAUAAAAUUUAAGGGGAUUUUGUUUAUUGUUAUUGUUAAAUAAAUAUGUUAGGUUAUACGAGAAGGGUGGAACUACCUUCAAUAUAACCAAAUUAUAUCUAUUAGUCAUCUGUUAUUCCUAAAUUUAAGAGACUUAUGAUGGCUGAGAAGAAAACAGGUUUGAUGAGUUUGAUUUUUGAAUUUUAUUGACGUUUUUAACAACAAUGUAUUUGAUAUGUCACAAGGAGGACGUUCUUACAAGCAUCAGACGCAAUCGAAGUCUUUUAUACGUAUCUAAGAAAUACAAGUAUUACAGCGAUUUCAACACAAAAUUAAUCUAAAACCGUGUAAAAUAUCAUGUUUUAUUUUAUAAAUUUCUUUUGUACUCAAUUAAACGUGUCAUUUCAAAGUGUUAUUUUUAUCUAGUUUAUACAUGGUGUUCACAAAGUGACAUUUUUUUACGUGUAAUAGUUUCAAUGUUUAUAGGAACGUGUAUAAGAAAGUUUCUAUGUAUUUAUUUAUUUUUAGUACUAGUACAAAACCACGUAUAUCGGAUUACAGUGAUAUUAAUAUAUUAUAUUCGUAACAUAAGGAAGUAUGUUAAGCUUGUUGCCUAAUAAAGUUUUUAAAAAUA